AUGGUUCCCAACCGGACAUCUAUGGCUUCCUCUACGCCUGAGAGAGUUGUCGGCCGACGCCUCGUCCACAAUGAUGAGCCCCGACCUCGAGUCCCCGAUCCACCAGAAGAUAGCAGCACGCCGAGUCCUCUUCUUCCACUGCUCCCUUUGAUCCCCAAAACCUCUCUGACCGUCCCGGUGCCUUCCCCCGCCACUCUACGGCACCUCUGCGUCCGAAUUUACUGGGGCCCAAGGGGUUUGAACUUGUCGUCCAACGAGAUCCUCGCCGCUAACCGUCCCAGUAAUGAUUGGCUGUCGCUGAGCUCUUCGGCGAUCCUCCGUCAUCCUGACGGCCUUUCCGACUCCUCACGCGCGACCCUCUCUGCGAUAUCGAAGCUUGCUCUCUCUCUCCUUGUUAUGAUCCAUAGUACGUCACUAUCACGCCAAUUCGGGCCACAACGUAGGCGGAUUUCAGCGUGGAAGAAAAGGUUGCGAUGGAGGAGUGCUCCAUAUUCACUGCCCCAGACUUUUAGAAUCCUAUCGGAGGUGUACCACGCCGUACCGGUCAGUGAAUCAGGCGUUGUUAGUUUAAUCCUUUGUGAGAGGAGACCUAUGGUGCUCUUACCAGUGGAUUUCGACUCACGUCAGAUUGUCAACCUUGACGGCAUUUCGACGAAGCAAUUGUGCACAUCUCUUCAGUAUGAGGAACAAGUCACAAGGAGGGUUGUCUUUGUAUCUCAAGCAAUUUUUGGAGCAUUCGAGUAUGCAAUUCUUACUCUGACCUCGGAAAUCGGCACUACCCCUAUGAAGACCGGUCGAUACUCGGAUCAGUCUACUUGCUCCUUCCUUGAGGCAUACCAACGCAAGCCACCCAAAUGGUAG